ACCCACGCUCCCAUGCACUCUUUGGCGCGCGCUUCUCCAUGUGCACUCUCACACAGCAGGAAUCAAAGCCUUUACGUCAAGCCAGACAGGAAGAAGAAAGCGAAAUCUGAUGGCACGAUAGCUGAGUCCUCUCUGUCCCUCCACAAAAAAAAAAUUUUCAGAAACGUCUGCGAGUCAGAAUCCGCACCGGGGUGACUAAUCUCACAGUCGAGGCUUUUUCACAUCACCCUGUGAGCGUAUCCUCUGCAAGGUCAUCCUCGGAUCUCUUUCUUACUGGAUGAUAUUCUGUUUUUUUUUUCUUCUGUCGCAGAUGCACAUCCGCCCCUUUCGCCUAUGGAUGCGCUUUCCGGCUGCACUUGGAUUUCGCCUGUGUGCAAAGUAGGGCAGAGCUCAUGGCAGGCAUCAGAUCGCCAUGUACCAUCGCUCAUCUGAUCCACUUCGAGAGAGAAUAAUUCGAUGAGAGGGACUGAGAUGAAACCCCGACAAUUCCUGCUCGCCAUAUCGGCACUCCUGCUCUGCACAUUUCACCAGACAGCUGGCUCCAGCAGAUCUCAUCGCAGCAACUUAGCAUCUUCAAAAUCACUAUCAACAUCAUCCCCAUCAGAGGUGAGAGGCAGGAUUCAAUUGGGGACGCCCCCAAACUGGUUAAAACAGACUUUUAUCGGCUCCAACUAUAGCAAUCACAGCCACAAAAGUAGGCCAUCACCAAAACUUAAAGAGUUAACAAGCCAGGUGAAUAGCUUUUCUUUCAACACCAGCAGAGGCAAUGUUACUACUGUGGUAUCGAAGAGGUCUGGCAGGCGACCAAGCCAGAUCCCCGAGGAAGGAGAGUCACCUUUGUGUGCCUACCGAGUGAUCGAGGGAGGCAUUGGCGGGCAGUUGUGUUUUAGAAACACAUUGUCUGGGUACAAGUGUCAUAAGGCAGACUGCAGGACAGUGGUGUCUCUUGGGAAUCUGGUGGCAAAUAUUCUUAUCAAUGGCAGUGUACUGUUACAGUGGACCCAUGGGUCAGAAUCCACAAUUACUGGCCAGGAUAUAAAGACAAAAGAGACUGCUGCUGGUCAAAAAAGCAGUGAGAAUCUUGGAACCGAUUUAACAAGAGAAGGAACUAUAAGGUUAAGUUCUGUUUUCAGUGGACGUCGGCACAAACGAGGAGGCUAUGAACUAAGCUGCUGGUGGAAUGGAAGCUAUACCCAGUUUGAAUGUGCUGGUGUCCAUCUUGGAUCUGGCUGCAGGGACUUCCUCCUGACCGAGCUGCACGAGAACAUCCCCUACCGCAUCUGCUUGCGCUCCCUGGCCCACUCUGAUCCAGUUUUGAUAGCAGACCAGCAACGGGACUGUGUAGAGUUCACCCUACCACCUUCUGGGAUGCAGGACAUUGUGAUCGCCAUGACAACAGUUGGGGGAGCUAUUUGUGUGAUGCUGGUCAUCAUUUGCUUGCUAGUGGCAUACAUCACAGAAAACAUCAUGAGCCCCACAACACAGCAUACAUACUCCUACCGCACUCAUUCGCACCACUGAGGUUUUACUGCAUUCAAAAUGUACUGAGAAAAGAAAUAAUCUACAAUUAACAUCCAUGAUGACCAUAUCUAAUCUCGCAAUCAUAGUCACUCAUGGUCGGCAACGAUAAGUUUUAAAUAACCUCAUAAUUUGAUUUACAGAUCCAUUAUAACUGAAUUUAAGCACAAUCAACUGUGACUCUGCAAAAAAAAACAUGUCUUGCCAACCUUUGCGAGGAUGCUCUGAAUCCAAAGUACUGAUAACCUACAUUUACUAAUAUACAGUAGAUUACAGUGUUGUGUUUUUGUUUGAGUUGGUCUGUGAUUGAGUCUGUCAACCUAAAUGCUGACAGCAUUUAUAGAGCAAUACAAUUUGAACAUCCGAAACAGCAGUCUUUGCUACAUUGUGAAGCCUGUUAAACAUCGAGACCGGUCCCGUUUUUGCUGCUGGGAAAUAAAACUUUUCUGAAUGAAUUUUUUCUACUCUACAAAACAAUUCUAAAAUGUAGUUUUUCUUUCAGGUCUGUAUACAAUAUAUGUGUUGAUACCAUUUUGUGAAGGGCAAUGCAAUCUGGUGUACAAUCUCUAAAUGCUAAACAUCUCGAGUUAGAAUGCCUUCAUAUCAUGCUGUGAGUUAGCCUAAUAAAGUACCACGAGGUCAAUUGUGAUACAUUA